AUGUUCUCCCGCACGUCCUCUUUGAUCACACUGAGCAGAGGCUGUCGCUAUCUCCUCCGCCCUUCUAUAGCUCCUCGGGCGCCAUUUUCUUUCUCUGCUCGCUCCUUCGCCGCCGUCAACUCAGCCAUGGCCGAUACAUCAGGUGUCACAGCGGAUUCCCUGAAGAGCAAGCUGAUUGAGCAGCUGCAGGCACAGCAUGUCGAGAUUGAGGAUCUAUCAGGCGGCUGUGGACAGGCCUUCCAGGCUAUUAUCGUUUCGCCCCAGUUUGAGAGCAAGAACAUGCUUGCCCGUCACCGUCUCGUCAACUCUGUCCUCAAGGCCGAGAUUGCGGCUAUCCACGCCUGGACCCCCAAAUGUUACACACCCGAACAGUGGCAGGCCUUGCAGCAGUAA